ACAAAUCAGAUGCAAACAGAAUCUUUAUCUUCGUCUCCCAACACUGUGUCACCAGUGCGUUUAGGUCGUCUGACCAGUGCUCCAAGGGUUGGAACAGUUACUCCAAAUAGCAUCUUUGUAGGAGGAAUUGAUUUUAAGACUAAUGAAGGUGAUCUGAGGAAGUUUUUUGCUCAGUAUGGCAGUGUGAAAGAAGUGAAGAUAGUAAAUGACAGAACUGGAGUAUCAAAGGGGUAUGGCUUCAUUACUUUUGAAACCCAAGAAGAUGCACAGAAGAUCUUACAGGAGGCUAAAAAGAUUAAUUAUAAGGAUAAGAAAUUAAAUAUUGGUCCAGCAAUAAGGAAACAACAAAUACGGAAUCCUUGUCCUACUGUAAUACCAGAAGCUGGUACAAUGUACUUAACUACUUCAAGUGGAUAUCCUUACAUUUACCAUAAUGGAAUGGCUUAUUUUCAUACAUCUGAGGUUACUUCUGUUCUGCAGCCAUGGACAUCGUGCUCUGUUUCCAGUUCACCUGUGAUGGCAGCUCAGCUGAUUUGUCAAUCUCCUACAUACCAUUAUCAGGCACCAACACAGUGUCUUCCAAGUCAGUGGCAGUGGUCUGUUCAACAGUCUCCUGCCUCUUCACCUUCGGUUUUGUAUCUGCCACAAUCUGAAGUAGUUUAUCAGCCGAUAGGGAUUACCCAGGAAAGUGGAUGUGUACCUACUCCUCUCCUAGUGGAAGCUGCAGUUCCUGAGCUGUAUUCUGAUCAUGGACUUCAAGCACCAUAUCACCAGCCUUACACCCAGAGUGCCGUGACCAUGCCUGCACCUGUAAUUUUCAAACAAGAACCUAUCAAGACACUAUGGAGUAUUUACUACUAA